UAUGUAUUUAAUCUCAUUUGAGUAUAAGUUCUUGGAAAUUAGAGAUCUUGUCUCUUAUUUACUACUGUGUUGUCAGUACUUGACCUUGCCUGGUAUGCAACAGAUAUUGAAGAAAUAGUUGUUAAAUGAAUGAAUGAACCACGUUCAAAAAUUCUCCAAGUAUCACAGCAUUUACCAUCUAACAAAUAAAAGAGCUUGUCUAGAGUAGAGUCACAGUUAACCUGCCAUACAAGGAAAUGUCAAUGAAAAUCAAACUUUGUAUGUGUAGCUGCUAAAAUUUGAAGGCUUUUACUGCAGCAUAAACUAGGAAAGCUCAGUGAGAUGGCAGAUAGAAUAUACAUAUAUAAAUAGACCAGAUAGACCAGUAGAUGAGAUUCCAAAGAUAGUUCAAUCAGCAUUAACUAACCACACCCACACUCUCUUAAUUUCCUAACAGAAAGAAUGGAAUUCCUAUUCACUAAGAUCUGUCUCAACGAGUACUUUGUGAAAACCUAUCUGGGUAUGCAAGUAUUUAAUCAGGACCUUUAUUUUUUCCUCCUGCAGGUUGGAGUGCAGUGGGGCCAUCAUAGCUCACUGUAACCUCUAACUCAAGGCUCAAGGAAUCCUCCUGCCUCAGUCUCCCAAGUAGCUGAGACUACACGUAUGCACCACCAUGCUUGGCUAAUUUUUUAUUUUAAGAAACCGGGUCUUACUAUGUUGCCCAGGCUGAUCAGGACUGUUGAUUACAUACGACAGAAACCCAACCAACCCUAGUUCCUGCCACCUUUCAAUCUGCUCUUUUCUCAGUCUUCCGAGUCUCAACAAAUGGCAGUUUCAUCCUUCACGUUGCCAAAGCCCCAAAUCUUAUGUUAACCUUGAUUUUUCUUUUAUGCCAUAGCCAGUAUGAAGGCCAAUCAUGUUCAGACCCAGGCUCUCACCGGCACAUUGUCCUUUACUGUCCUGAGGGUGUCUGGAGCUUCAGUGCUGUGUGCUUUGGGCCUCAAUGCUGGGGCACCAUCGACUCUCACUGUCCAGGGCUUCCAGUAGACUCUCCGAGGCACUGAUACAGAAUCUUCCACCUUCAGUGCACCAAGAGCAGCCUCACACGGUGUGGGCUGACAUGAAGAGCUGCCAGAUUCAACAGGAGAGGAAGAAAAUAACAGGGAUCUUCAUGGAGAAAUGACCCACUUAAGGGUCUGGACUCUCCAGCAGUUACAAGCAGAAGAAACUCCCUGAGGAAGAAUGGAGGAGCUGAAUGCCCAGACUGGGAAGUUUUCUGAAAGGCAGCAAGCCUGAGCUGAGUCCACACCCUGAAAGCCCAGAAGCAAGGGAUCAGAUGGAAGAAAUAAAGCAGGUUUUGGAAAAGAGAAUAACCUGCAAAGACAAGUCAAUGCUAGAACAGAAGCCUGCACUAUCUGGAGCACCGAGGCUGUCUCAAGCUAACUGAUCUGCUCUCUGGAUUCCGGGGACACCCGCAGAGCUGGAGGUUGAAGGCACAAGUGUUGAUGUCUCUGACCGUUCUGACUCCAGUUGGAACUUUCUGCUCUACAGUCCAUGAUGACUGUGCAAGAAGAAGAGCUGCAGGUGCGGGAGGAAGAGCCGCAGGUGCGGGAAGAAGAGCCGCAAUUGCGGGAAGAAGAGCCGCAGCUACGGGAAGAGGAGCCGCCACAGGACCUGAAAAUACAACUGGUUAUCCUGAAGACAUACCAGCAGUGGAACGCCUGACCCAGAAAGUAUUACUUCUUUGGGAAAAAUUUACUUCAGUGGAAUCCCAGGGUCAAGAAAUUUCAGGAAACCAAAGACAACAGUUGCUGCUGAUGCUAGAAGGACUAGUAGAUGAACAGAGUCAGCUCAGUGAGGACUUAGAAACAAAGAGAUAGCUCUCUAGCAGUCUGGUGAAGUUCCAUGCCCAUCCAGAGAGAGUCUUGCUCUGUCACCAGGCUGGAGUGCCUUAGCCCAAUCUUGGCUUACUCCAACCUCUGCUUUCUGAGUUCAAGCGAUUCUUCCUCCUCUGCCUCCAGUGUAUCUGGGACCACAGAUGGGGUUUAACCAUGUUGGUCAGGCAGGUCUUGAACUCCUGCCCUCAAGUGAUCUGCCCGCCUUGGCCUCCAAAGUGCUUGGAUUACAGGCAUGAGCCACUACGCCUGGCCCAUAUGUUUAUUUAUUUUAUACGGAGUCUUGCUCUGUCACCAGGCUGCAGUGCACUGGCCCAAUCUUGGCUUACUGCAACCUCUGCCUCCUGAGUUCAAGCGAUUCUUCCUCCUCAGCCUCGGAGUAUCUGGGACCACAGGUGGUGAAGCCCUCUAUUGUCCUGACCCCACAGUUCCUGUCCCAUGACCAGGGCCAGCUCACCAAGGAGCUGCAGUAGCACAUAAAGUCAGUGCCAUCCCUCAUGCGAGUACCUGAGGAAGCCAAGACUGACUGUGAGAAACCCUGGGAGCUCAGGAAGGAAGGAGCCGCUCAGAAGCAGGGAUGGGAGCUGGUGGGAAAGACCAGAAGUCAGGUCUGUGAAGGUUCCAGAGAGGACCUGUCCUUGGGAGUCAAGUAGGGGGCCUGAGAUGGGGGAGGGGCAUUGGAGGACACAGGUGCUCUGUGGAAUGUCCACUGUGAGGUACCGCAUUCCGGGGCUAGGGAUUGGUGGAGAGGGAGUUUAAAGCCCCGGGGUUGCUUAGGCAGUGCCCAGACAGGAGAAGGUUUGGUGGAAACCAGAGCCCUGGUCUCCAUCUAAUUGCUCCUGAGCGUCCUGCUUUCUUGCCCUGCAUAUCCUGUUGCUUCCCUGAUAGACUUUCUCCCUGACUUGUAGCUGAACCUCCUCCCACUCUCGCUUGAAGACUUAGUUUAAACCGGAUCCUUUCUCAGUCUGCUUUCUCCUCCCCCCCCCCACCGGGUGCCCAACAGACCCCUUCCCCUCCCUCUCCUUCCCUCCCAUCCCCCUCCCCAACUCAGAUCCCACCCCAUCCCCAUCCCCUUCCUUCCCCCAGCCCUAAGCCACUGUUAUCUCUGUCCUGGUCACCUCACGGCACCCUGAGAAGACCAGGAGAUGCGAGUGCAGUGGCUACUCUUUUGGCUCCUCCUGCUGGAGUUUCCCAGCCAUCAAUCCACCCUUGCGAUCAGGUUUCUACUUGAUUAUUUGUAUCCUGGGCAUGACCUUCUUGGUGUUCUGUGGAUGCCUAUCCCUAUUGUGUUUCUGGGAGUUUCCACAGUUGGCCUUUUCCUCCGAAAAAUUAUCUUCUGUCUCCAUGCUGGAGCCUUGGAGAGGGAGAUGGCUGAGAGGAAGCCUGCCUACAAGCAGCACAGGAGGAGAAAGCAGAGAGUGCCAGAGAGACACGAGUGAGGAGCCAGCCCAGAAACGCCUGUGCACUGAGAACACUUUCUGGAGAGCAAAUUCAGGACCUCAUUCGGUUCCCAUGAGGAACAGCAGCUGUGACCCAACUGAAAACGUGGAGAAGACAAAGAAAUAACAUGAGGAAUGUCACCGACCUCCACCUCUGUAGGUCUCAUGGCCCAGUGAACUCUGACUGCUCUCUUCUACUCAAGGUGUUGUGGGGUCUAUUUCAGAAAUAUGUGUGGUUUUAUUUUGCUGUGAUUUUUGUUUUCUUCUAUAAGGUAGGUGAUUAACAUUUGAAAUAUCUGCUGUAUUCCCAGAAGUGACAAAAGUGAAAACUCAUUAAUCCAACAUUAAUAUGUGCUUUGUGCGAUUUUGAAUGCUCUUCAACAAGGUCAAUUCCAUAUUUCAUCACAGUCCCAUUCCUGUUGUUAACUGUGUUGUGCAAAAACCCACCUCCACCCCGCUUCAGUGGUGCCCUGAUCUAAUAUUCUAAGUCUCAGAGUUUCUGUACUUGUAAUAGAAAAUAUGUCUCGACUGUGAGUUAGUGAAAGUGAAUGUAACCUAUUACCCACAGCGACGAUUCCCAAUGAAGGCCUUAAAUGAUGCUCAGCUAUGCUGGUUCUCAUGUGGCCUCUCUACUUACAACAGCUGCUGAGUCUUAUGAUUACACAUGAUGGGAACUGUACACUUGAAAUUAAACACAUUUCUAAAACUUGCUUUUUUCAGAAUUCAUACCUUGUACAUUUCUAUGUACAAAAGUAUUAUUUAUGUCAUAAUGCACUUAACAUUUGUAUCGCCUGGGAAUUCAAAGAGACAUUCUAGCCGUGCCUGACUGACGUUUGUAUGUCGGAUUGUUCUGUCAGAAAACCUUCUCCCAGUUCCCCUGAAUGUCUUUAGGAAUCCAUAUUUCCCCAGAGCUAUUUGUGCUCACGGGGGGCACCCCCAGAGUGAACAAGACCCUUUGUCAAGAAGGGAAGCAGAGGGGAAAUGAGAGGGUCCUACAGGCAGAGCUGGAAUCAAUUCCCACUGUGCCUCCUGCAAGCUGUGUGACCCUGGGCACAUGGUCUUUUUCCUUGGGGAGCUUCUGUUUUUUUAGAUUUGGAGCAGGUUGUCACACUGACUUGCAGAGUUCUGAGAAUCAGAGACAACGUAAAAGGCCUGGAGAACAUUCUCCAAAAAGAAGCUGCAACACGUGUGGACAAUGGGCUUUUCAUGCCUCUCUUACUCGCUGUUUAUCUGAUGCAAGGAGCAUGCUCUGGUGAUGGUGGUGAGGGAGGAAGAAGAUAGACAUAGACACUCCUGUGUGGGAAACGUACUUCUUCCUUACUGCGCUAUGACUCUGUCUCCCCUGGGGCAGGACCCAGCCUGCCUACAUUUGCAGACAGACACAGUGGCAUGUGGAGAAAACAGUUUGACCCAAUGACUUUUCUUCACUCCCCAGCUGUCUGUGGUACUUGGUGGAAGGGUGACUUCAUGAUACUGAUGUGUUAUUUUUGAAACCUGGAGGAUGGAAAGGUGCAAAAAACUAUGAGCAGCAACAUAAGGUUCAGCCUGUGUUGUUGAUGGUGGUUCUGUCCAUCAAACUAAUACAUUUCAAAACACUUCCUCCUUCUGCCUGCAGGUUAACAUGGCUGCCGCACAGCAUCAUCAUUGAUCAGCAUUGCCCUCUUGCCCUACCUCAUGGCUUGCCAGCCACCUCCUCCAUCUGGAUGUCACCUGGGAGCUCAACCAUUUUCAUCAGCUAAAGGUAUUCUGGGACCUCUGAAAACCCCUCAACUCCAGUGUCCUCUAGGACCUCAGCCAACGUCUCCAGUUGAUACAUUUUGGGGACCACAGACACUAACACAUCAGUGUCUUCUGUUACCUCUACCGCCCUUAGUCAAUGAUUUUUUGAGUCCAUACACACCACCACCCGAGUGUCUUCUGACACCUCUACCACCAUCUACAGAUGAUGAGUUUUCAAGACCACAGACACCGACACAUCAGUGUCUUCUAGCACCUCUACCACCCUUAGCCAAUGAUUUUCUGAGUUCAUACACAACACCCGAGUGUCUUCUGACACCUUUACCACCACCUACAGAUGAGUUUUUGAGACCACAGACACUGACACAUGAGUGUCUUCUAGUACCUGUACCACCUGCUCCACAUGAUAAUCUUUGGAGACCAUGGUCACCUCCACCCAAGUGUACUCUUUUACCUCUGCCACCUUCUCAAGCUGAAGAUUUUCUAGGACCAGACACACCACCACCCGAGUGUCUUCUGACACCUCUACCGCCAUCUACAGAUGAUGAGUUUUCAAGACUACAGACACCGACACAUCAGUGUCUUCUAGCACCUCUACCACCCUUAGCCAAUGAUUUUCUGAGUUCAUACACAACACCCGAGUGUCUUCUGACACCUUUACCACCACCUACAGAUGAGUUUUCGAGACCACAGACACUGACACAUGAGUGUCUUCUAGCACCUGUACCACCUGCUCCACAUGAUAAUCUUUGGAGACCAUGGCCACCUCCAGGUGAGUGUAUUCUGUUACCUCUACCACCAUCUCGAGCUGAAGAUUUUCUGGGACCACACACACCUCAGCCACCUGAUCCUAUCUGUCCUGGGGGACCCCAUCCACCUCAUUCCCCCUGAGUGUCCCAGGGGACCCCAUCCACCUCAUUGCCCUGUGUGUCCUUGGGGACCUCAUUCAGCUUAUUGCCCUGUGUGUCCUGGGGGACCCCAUCCACCCCAUCACCCUGUGUGUCCUUGUGGACCCCAUUCACCUCAUUGCCCUGUGUGUCCUGGAGGAACCCAUCCAUUUCAUUGUUCUGUGUGUUCUGGGGGACCCCGUUCACUUCAUUGUCCUGUGUGUCCUGGGGGACCCCAUCCAUUUCAUUGCCCUGUGUGUCCUGGGGGACCCCAUCCACCUCAUCCCUUUUGUGUGUCCUGGGAGACCCCAUCCACCUCAUCACCCUGUGUGUCCUGGGGGACCCCAUCCACCCCAUCACCCUGUGUGUCCUGUGGAACCCCAUCCACCCCAUUGCCAUGUGUGUCCUCGGUGACCCCAUCCACCUCAUCAUCCUGUGUGUCCUGGAGGACCCCAUCCACCUCAUUACCCUAGAUUUUAUGGCCCCAGGAGACUAACAGGAUGGAUCUUAUUAGCUGUGGCCUUGGUCUCUAGAAUCAGGUCAACUCUGGUGGGGAACUCAAGGCCAAUACUGAGCUGUUCUCGCAUCACCCUAUCCUCAGCAACCUCUCUCUUCCUUGCAACUCCCAGCUUUGCAUCUCCCCACCAUGGCCUGCAAAAUCCUCCCCCUUCACUGUGUCCCUGCUGCCUGAGCCCAGACACAAAUUCUCAGUGGGGCUCAGAGCCCCAGCUUUCUCAGAAAUGAGCUGGGACUGAUGUGGUUAUGAGGUCAUGGUGAGGACAAGGAGACUAAGCCCAUAAGGAAAGCAUCUUGCAAAAUAGCUGCUAAAAGGGAGAACCUCCUCCCUCCCACUGGUUUCAUGAAAAUAUUCCCACUCAGAAGAUCAGCAUAAGAUGUUCAUUGAUGUUUACUAAGCUUAGGGUAUAACAGCUUAGAACCCGGGAUUUCCAAUCUCCGUUUCAAAAGAGAAGUGAUAGCCUCAGAUUCUUACGAGAUGAAGAGAUUAAAGGAAUGCAUACACAGUUAAACUCUGAGAGCUGUAUCUGUGAUCUGCAGAUAAUUAUUAUUCAUGACAUAUGCAGCCACACACGGAAGCAUUCAGUAGGUGUACAGGUAUUUUAUGUAAGACAAAAUGUAUAUUGGGCCAAAAAGAUCACAUGGAAAUAAACUGAAAGAACUUUGUUUUCACUAUGAAAAUGCUUUAAUACCGUUGUCUGUACAGCAUGGGAUGUGGACAGGGAAAACAGCAAGUGCACACACACAGGCACAGGCCAGAAGGCAGGCUGGGAGUGCAUAAAGAGUUCACACGGCUUCCCUACUUUUCCUGGUGACUGGAGGCUCUAGGCCACCUCCUCCUCGAAUUCACCCUCCUCAAUCGUGGUGUUCUAGUACUGUUGGUAUUUGAACACCAGGUCAUUCAUGUUGCUCUUGGUCUUGGUGAACUCCAUCUCAUCCAGGCCCUCACCCAUGUAGCAGUGCAGGAAGGUCUUGUGCAGAAACAUGGCUGUGAACUGCUCCAAGAUGCACUAGCACAGCUCCUGGAUGGUCCUGCUGUUGCCAGUGAAGGUAGCAGAUGUUUUUAGCCCUUGGGGUGGGAAGUCAGAGACAGCCAUUUUCUCAUUGUUGGGGGUCCACUCAACAAAGUAGCUGCUGUUCUAGUUUUGGACAUUAAGCAUUUGCAUCCACCUUCUUCAUGGACAUGCAGCCCCUGAACAUGGUGGCCACCAUCAGGUAGCGGCCAUGGAGGGGGUCACAGGCUCUCAUCAUGUUCUUGGCAUCCAACAUCUGCUGGAUGAACUCAGGCACUGUCGGCCAGGACUGCUGGCUUACCUGGCUGGUCAGCAGGGCAAAGCUGGGCAUGAAAAUGUGCCGGUGUGGGAAUGGGACCAUAUUUAUGGCCAGCUUCUGCAGGUCAGGAUUGAGCUGGCCUGGGAAACACAGGCAGGUAGUGACUACGCUCAUGGUGGCAGACACCAGAUGGUUCAGGUCACCGUGGUGGGCAUAGCACCAUUAGGGUUCUGAAGCAGAUGUCACAGCUUCAUUAUCGAUGCAGCAGGUCUUGUUUGCAUUUCCUAUGAGCUGGUGGAUGGAGAGAGUGGCAUUAUAGGGCCCCGCCACCAUAUCUGACACCUUGGGUGAGGGCACCACAGUGAACAUUUUCAUGAUCCUGUCUGGGUACUCCUCCUGGAUUUUUGUUGAGGAGGGUACCCAUCCCACACCCAGUUCCGCCACCCAGGGGGUCUGGCCAUUUUGCUGCUUUAUUUUGUGUUUUUAAAUAUACUUCUGGAUUCAAUAUGCUGUUACUUAGUUUUAUGCUCAGAUACCUUCGUGUUAGCUGCUAUAUACCUAACAAAUAUUUUCUUUUAUUUAUUUAAAAUGUUUAGAUUAAUAGAGGGCCAGGCAAGGUGGUUUAUGCCUGUAAUCCCAGCACUUUUGGAGGCCAAAGCAGGUGGAUCACAAGGUCAGGAGUUCGAGACCAGCCUGACCAACAUGGUGAAACCAUGUCUCUACUAAAAAUACAAAAACUGGCUGGGUGUCAUGGCACACACCUGUAAUCCCAACUACUCAGGAGGCUGAGACAGGAGAAUUGUUUCACCUGGAAAGGUGGAGGUUGCAGUGAGCCGAGAUUGCACCUUCAGAGGUGUUGGGGUCAAAUAUAAAUACUCUCUGGCUCCUCCUAUGCUUAGUUGGGCCUCUCAAGUGGGUUAGGAAAGACUGUUUCAAGAGUGGUUGUGUCAAGCAUUGAUGGAAGGGAGGAUAAAGGAAAAGAUGAGCAAAUUAAAUCCUAGGUUAGUUUAGAGUUAGUCUGUGUUGUGUGAAAUCAGUUCAGGUUUCAGUAAGCAGAAACCCUCUUGACAAAAAGAAAAGACAAAGGAAAGAAGUCAUUCUGAAUUCUGAUGUUUGAUGAUAAAGUGCAACUAUUUGCUUUUACCCCUUCCACGAAGAAAUGAAACACUUUGGGAAGACAUCCCAAGAGAUUCAGGAAGAAGAAAGCAAGGUAAGUGCUGUGGUUUGAAUGCCUCCUCUAAAAUUCAUGUUGCAGUUUGUCAUUGUGAUGGCAUUAAGAGGUGAGACCUGGCUGGGCAUGGUGGCUAUUGUCUGUAAUUCCAGCACUUUGGAAGGUUGAGGCAGGUGGAUCAUCUGAGGUCAGGAAUUCAAGAACAGCUAGCCAACAUGGUGAAACCCCAUCUCUACUGAAAACACAAAAACUAGCCAGGCGGGGUUUUGGGUACCUAUAAUCCCAGCUACUUGGGUGGCAGAGAGAGAAAGGAAGGAAGGAUGAGGAAGAAAGAUGGGAAGAAAGAAAGGAAGGGAGGGGAAAAGGAAGGAAAAAGGAAGAGAAGUAAAAGAAAAGGAUGAGAGGGAAGUAAAAGAAAAGGAUGAGAGGGAGGGAAAAGAAGGAAGGAAGGAGGGAAAGAUAGCAAGAAGAGAGAAAAGGAAGGAGGGAGAAAAAUAAGAAAAUACCCUUUUUAAGUCACAGCUGAGGUCACAAAAAAUAAAAAAAUUUAAACUUCCCCCAAAAAAUAAAAGAAGUGAAAUUAAAAAAAAUAAAAUAAAUCCAGCAUAGAUUAAAACCUUCAAAAGGACAGAGCUUGUGAGUGGUGAGAAGUGACCCUGUGGCUGCACAGGCUGAGGGAGAGAGGCCUCUGGUCUUGGCCACCAAUGGCGGAUGUUCUUUAUGUCUGCCUCUCUUAAACAUUUACAAUGGAAAAAAAAAUUUUUUUUAAUUGCAAUGUUUGUCUUAUUUUAUGCUUUAUAUUUUCAAAGUGAAAAGCAAUAACAUUGAGUCCAUUUAAAAAAAAAUAUUUGUUCUAUGUAUUUAAAAGCCUUCAAGUUGCUCUAAAGAUUUCAAAAGUAUUGAGUAGGGCCGGGCAUGGUGGCUCACGCCUGUAAUCCCAGCACUUUGAAAGGUGGAGGCGGGCAGAACACCUGAGGUCAGGAGUUCAAGACCAGCUUGGCCAACAUGGUGAAACCUGUCUCUUCUAAAAAUACAAAUAUUAGCUGGGCAUGGUAAUGUGCCCCUGUAAUCUCAGCUACUUGGGAGGCUGAGGCAGAAGAAUCACUUGAUCCUGAGAGGCGAAGGUUGCAGUGGGCUGAGCUCAUGCCACUGCACUCCAUUCAGCCUGGGUGACAGAGUGAGACUCUCUCAAAAAAAAAAAAAAAAGGCAUUGAGACUCUGUGUCAAAGAAAAAAAAUUAUUGGAGCUCUGUGGUCCACAGCAUUUCCUUCUGUUUCAAUCUACAUAUGUUUUGAUUACUAUUGUAAUCUUUUAAAUUUUCUAAAGCAGGCUCAGAGGUAGGCAGAAAGAUUCGAUGCAAAAAAAAAAAAAUUCUUACCUUAUUCACCGCAAAGCUUCUCAAAUCUAGCCUAAAUACUCUACCUUAAAACAAACAUGAGAUGCAUCUGAAUGGGAGGGAAAUUUAUUUUUCUGCUUUUCUAUUAUACAAGUAAUUUACAGAAACUACAAAUUAAGACUGGGCACAGUGGCUCACACCUGUAAUCCCAGCACUUUGGGAGGCCGAGGUGGGGGGGAUCACCUGAGCUCAGGAGUUUGAGACCAGCCUGGCCAACAUGGUAAAACCCCGCCUCUACUUAAAAUAUGAAAAAUUAGGUCAGGUGUGGUGGCUCACACCUGUAAUCCCAACACUUUGAGAGGUUGAGGUGGGUGGAUCAGAAGGUCGGAGUUUGAGACCAGCCUGGCGAAUAUGGUGAAACCCCAUCUCUACUAAAAAUACAAAAAUUAGCUGGGUGUGGUGGCACAUGCCUGUAAUCUCAGCUACUGGGGAGGCUGAGGCAGGAGAAUCUCUUGAACCGGGGGGGUGGAGGUUGCAGUGAGCCCAGAUGGCACCAUUGCACUCCAGCCUAGACAACAGAGUGAGACUCUCUUAAAAAAAAAAAAGAAAGAAAAGAAACUGCAAAUUAAAAGAUAACAUAUGGUGGAAAAUUUCAAACACAGCUUGAAGUGCAGAGGCCAGGACGAGGUCUCUCAGUGCCACCACUCCUGCAAUAGCAACUAACAUUCUGCCCUUCCUCUGCUCUUACCUCCUCUCUCCAGCUUUGCACGGGGAUUUCACACAAAUCCAACACAUCAUAUGACUUUGCCUGUAGACACUUGGGAAUGUUCUCUAAUCAUUGAAGCCCGAUUUCCCAACAAAGAACCACCCAACCAAAUUAACAAUAAUGUCUUGUUAUCACCUUGCUAUAUGUUAUUAUCAAUAAUUUCCUGUCAUCAAUAACCAGUCUGUCACCUAUUGUCCAUAAUGAUCUCAAAAAUGUCCUUUUGAGGCCCUGCCUGAUGGUUCAUGUCUGUAAUCCUAGCCCUUUGAGAGGCAGAGGCAGGUGGACUGUUUCAGGACAGGAGUUUGAGAGCAGGCCGGGCACCAUAGCAAAACCUCAUCUCUACAAAAACUACACAAAAAUUAUCUGGGCAUGGUGGCACGUGCUUGUAGUCCCAGCUAUUUGGGAGGUUGACGUGGGAGGAUCGCUUGAGCUGGAGAGGUUGAGGCUGCAGCGAGCUGUGAUGACAUCUCACUCCACUCCAGCCUAAGCAACAGAGUGAGACCUGCUCUAAAACAAAUAAAUAGAAUCAACAGCCAACAGAUUGGGACAAAAUAUUUGCAAAUGAUAUAUCUGAUAAGGAGCUAAUGUCCAAAUAUAUAUAAAGAAUUCCUUCAAGUAAACAACAACAAAACACCCAGUUUUAAAAAGAGAAAAGGUGCAUAGAUAUUUUCUUUUUGUUUUUUAAGCAAACAUUGCUUCAGGCCGGGCACAGUGACUCACACCUGUAAUCCUAGCAACUUUGGGAGACCGGGGCAAGCAGAUCACUUGAGUUCAGGAGUUGGAGACCAGCCUGCUCAACAUGGUGAAACCCUGUCUCUACUAAAAAUAUAAAAAUUAGCCAGGUGUGGUUGUGGGUGCCUGUAAAUUUCAGCUACUUGGGGGGCUGAGGCAGGAUAAUCGCUUGAACCCAGGGGGCAGAGGUUACAGUGAAUUAAGAUUGCGCCCCUGUACUCCAGCCUGAGUGACAGAAUGAGACUCUACUUAAAAAAAAAAAAGUUAAAUUUCAAAAAGGCCAGGCAUGGUAGCUCAUACCUAUAAUCCCAGCACUUUGAGAUGCUGAGGUAGGAGGAUCACUUGAGCCAAGGAGUUGAAGGCCAGCCUGGGCAAUAUAGUGAAACCCAAAUCUCUUCCAAAAAAAAAUUAAAUUAAAAAUUAGCUGGGUGUAGUGGCUCACACCUAUGGUCCCACCUACCUGGGAAUCUGAGCCGGGAGGAUUGCUUGAGCCCAGGUGGUCAAGGCUGCAGUGACCCAUGAUGGCACCACUAUGAAAAACUUAGAAAUUAGCGGGGCAUGGCAGUGUGUGUCUGUAGUCUCAGCUACUCAAGAAGCUGAGGUGGGAGGAUCACUUGAGUCCUGGAGGUAUGAUUGCAAAACUGCACUCCAGCCUGGGUGAUAGAGCAAGACCCUGUGUCAAAAAAAAAAAAAAAGAAAAGAAGGCCGGGUGUGGUGGCUCACCCAUGUAAUUUCAGCACUUUGGGAGGCAGAGGCGGACGGAUCACCUGAGGUCAGGAGGUAGCCUGGCCAACAUGAUGAAACCCUAAAAUUUUUAGUCUUGACUAAAAAUUCAAAAAAUGAGCCAGGUGUGGUGGUGGGCACCUGUAAUCCCAGCUACUCGGGAGGCUGAGGCAGGAGAAUCGCUUGAACCCAGGAAAUGGAGGUUGCAGUGAGCCAAGAUGGCACCACUGCACUCCAGCCUGGGCAACAGAGUGAGACUCCAUAUCAAAAAAAGAAGAAAAUAUAUAUUAGGAUGGGGCAAGCUAAACUACAUUGUUCUGUAUUUUAACAACAUAGAAAACCUACUUGGGGCCAAUCUGUGAGUCCCUCCCUUAUGAGGCUCAGCCCCACACUGGGAACCCCCUGUCACCUGCCAGUGGCAUCUCUGGAGUGGUCUGUGGUGUUAGCUUGGACCAGUGGUGCUCACCCUCCACACGGCACGCAGAGGCUUUCUAGGGAGCAGUUCGCCAGGACAGCAAUAUUUCAGGUGACAGUGACAUGGGGCAGCAAAACCGGUUUUCUCCUAAUAGGCAGCCAGACGCACACAGGCAUGCAAGCAGACCACACCAUUCAGAAAGUUCACCUGGGACCUGAGACGCAGCUCUUGGAGGGAGAACAGAAGAUCAGAUGGUAUUUGAGAAAAUAAAAAGGUUAAGCAAAGUGAGAAGGAAGGUGGAGGGGAUAAAAAUCAUAAAGGUUAGCCCUGCCACCCAUGACACAGAAGCAUGCCAUGUCGGUUUUAACACCUAAAAGUCAGAGCCACUCACAGGUGGUGAAGAGUGGGUGGAGGAGAGGAGUGGGGAGGUCUGAGGAGCAGAAAAGCCAAAAGGCAAGAGUAAGAUCUGAUGCCAAAGAGGUUCCGCCCACAUGGGAUCUGCCCCUGGGAAAAAUGAAAUUCCCAGAGCCCGGGUACCACAAGGCUUAUAGGCUGGAGGGACGGGCUUUUCACACCCGUGGGAUGACAGAGGCCAUCUCUACAGGUGGGCGACCCCACAGGCACACCAAUGACCUCAGUGCAGCUCCCCAGCACCCACAAAUGACACAGGUCAGUAAUCCAGACAUGGGGGGGCAAAGGCUCAUGUGUGCCCAGAUGCAGGCACACCUGUGCUGCUUGAGUCACCUGCAGAGUCACGAGACAAGGAACCCGGAGGAGCUCCACUGGUGUACAUCGGACACCCCAGGGCAAGGUCCCAGGUGCCUCCCUGGCAGCCCCCUCCUACAGCAGAGGGUUCGGAUGGCAAAGUCUCAAAGGCUUUCCUUCCUUCCCUGCAUGGGGCAAACAUGGAGGACACACUCCCCCAGGGCCUGCGCUGAGGCUGCCAGGGAGCCUGCCAGUUUCCCCACUCUGGUUUUCAGGUAAACCCAAUCUGCUGGCACUGAGACCCUCAUCAGACAUCUGCACACCUGCGACCACAGCUGAAAUCGGUGUGCCUUCUCCAAAGCCAUCUUCUCACCUGUUUUUUCUUAUUUUUUGAGACAAAGUUUUGUUUUUGUUGCCCAGGCUGGAGUACAGUGGCACUCUCUGGGCUCAGCACAACCUCUGCCUCCCAGGUUCAAGCGAUUUUUCUACCUCAGCCUUCGGAGUAGCUAGGAUUAUAGGCAUGCACCACCAUGCCCAGCUAAUUUUGUAUUUUUUUUUUUUUUUUUUUUUUAGUAGAGACAGGGUUUCUCCAUGUUGGUCAGGAUGAUCUUGAACUCCCAACCUCAGGUGAUUCUCCUGCCUCAGCCUCCUAAACUGCUGGGAUUACAAGUGUAAGCCACCAUGCCUGGCCAUGACCGGCUUUUAAAAUAAAUUUAGGUAAGGUUCGCAUAACAUAAAGUUAAGCAUUUUAAAGUGAACAGUUCAGUGGCAUUCAAUACAUUUACAGCAUUGUGCGACCAUCACUCCUACCUAAUUUCUGUACAUUCUCUCUCUUUCUUUUUUAUUUCUUUGGAGAUGGGGUCUCCCUCUGUCCCCCAGGCUGGAGUGCACUGGCACGAUCUCAGCUCACUGCAAUCUCUGCCUCCCAGGUUCAAGCGAUUCUCCUGCUUCAUCCUCCCAAGUAGCUGGGAUUACAGGCCUGUGCCAUCACUACAUACAGUUAAUUUUUGUAUUUUUCCUAGAGAUGGUGUUUCACCAGGUUGGCCAGGUUGGUCUUAAACUCCUGACUUCAAGUGAUCCACCUGCUUCAGAUUCCCAAAGUGCUGGGAUUAAAGGCAUGAGCCACCAUGCCCAGCCUCUCCUAUCUAGUUCUUUUACAUUCUCUCUCUCUUUAUAUUUUUAUUUUUUGGGGGGACAGGGUCUUCCUCUGUUGCCCAGGCUGAAGUGCGGUGGCAUGACCUCAGCUCACUGCAAUCUCCACCUCUCGGGUUCAAGUGAGUCUCCUGCCUUAGCCUCCUAAGUGGCUGGGAUUAGAGGUGCCCAGCUAAUUUUUGUUUUUAGUAGAGAUGGGGUUUCACCAUGUUGGCCAGUCUUGAACUCCUUACCCUCUUGAGCCUUUCAAAGUGCUGGGAUUACAGGUGUGUGCCACAACACCUUGCCAAAUUCUUGCACAUUCUCACUUUAGAAAGAAACCUUAUCACCACCAGCUGUCACUCCCCACCCCUCCCCAAGCUUCUGGAACACACACAUCUUUUUCCUGUCUCUGUGGGUGGGCUGGUCUUGGACAUUUUAUAGAAAUGGGAUCACACACACUGUGUGGCCUUUUGUGUCUGGCAUUCCUCACUGAGUGUGAUGUCCUCAAGGUACAUCCAUGCUGUGGCCUGUGCGAGAGCCUGGCUCCUUUUCAGGGCUGAGUUGUGUUCCACUGAGUUGUGUUCCACUGUCAGGAUGAACCAUGCGUGGAUCCAUCCAUCGAUACACACCUGGGUUCUUGCAGUAACCUUUUGGCUGCUGUGAAUAUCAUGCUGCUGUGAAAAUUUCUGUGCAUGCAUUUGUUGGAGGACUCCCUUCAAUUCUUUUGGGUUCAUGCCCGGGAGCAGAAUUGCUGGGUGACCCCUGAAAUGGCCCAGGUCAGGCCUCUCCAUUGCACCUCGAAGCCUGGCUUUCAAAUAUUGUCACUAUUCAGAAUGGGCAGGUGCACAUCUAUCUGACAUGUGUCCACAUGCCCAGGGACUAUAGGGAGUGGGAGAGGGUUCAUUUUGCAGGAUUGGGACCAGGGUCAGGUGAGAAAACCACAAAAUUUAAGGGGAUGCCAAAAAGUUAGCAUAUAUAUAUAUAUAUAUAUGGAGAGGUGGGGAGAGAGAGAGAGAGAUAUGAAGUCCCACUCUGUUGCCCAGGCUGGAGUGCAGUGGCACAAUUUCAGCUCACUGCAACCUGAGCCUCUUGGGUUCAAGCGAUUCUUCUGCCUCAGCCUCCAGAGUAGCUGGGACUACAGGCAUCUGCCACCACGCCCAGCUAAUUUUUGUAUUUUUAGUAGAGAUGGGGUUUCACCAUGUUCAGGCUGGUCUUGAACUCCUGACCUCUGAUCACGUGUCUUGGCCUCCCAAAGUGCUGAAAUUACAGGCAUAAGCUACUGCACCUGGACUAUAAAUAAUAUUUUAAUGCACUCUUAUAAAAAUUCAAAAUAAAUAUGCAAAAGCUACGAUGAACAAAUGAUCAGAAUUUUCUCUCAAAGUGGGAUCAUUCACAGUGCUCUGAGAGGCACAUUGGAGCCAAGGCAAAAGGAAAAAUCAGAAUUACUGACCCCAUCUUGAUUUAAAAUAUUAUUCUGGCUCCAUUGUGGAUUUUUGCAUUGAUUUUGAUUUUUUUUUUUUUUUUUUUUGAGACAGAGUCUCACUCUGUCACCCAGGCUGGAAUGCACUGAAGUGAUCUCCACUCACUGCAACCUUGGCCUCCUGAGUUCAAGAAAUUCUCCUGCCUCAGCCUCCUGAGUAGCUGGGAUUACAGUCAUGUGCCACCACGACCAGCUAAUUUUUUUUUUUUUUUUAGUAGAAAUGGGAUUUCACCAUGUUGGCCAGGGUGGUCUCAAAUUCCUGACCUCAGGUGAUCCGCCUACCUCAGCCUCCCAAAGUGCUGCGAUUACAGGCGUGAGCCACCAUGCUUGGCUGGAUUUUUUUUUUUUUUUUUUUUUUAGCUAUGGGCUUUUCCUAUGUUGCCCAGGGAUGUCUCGAACUCCUGGCCUCAAGUGAUCCCACCUCAGCCUCCUGAGUAGAUGAGACCACAGGCACACAUCACCACACCCAGCUAAUUUUUAAUUUUUUGUAGAGACAGGGACUCACUAUGUUGCUGAGGCUGUUCUUGAACCCCUAGGCUCAAGGGAUCCUCCCACCUCAGUGUCCUGUGUAGCUGGUACUACAGGCACGUUCCACUCCACCCUGCUAAUUUUUGGUUUGAACUGAAGUAUUAUUUCAUCUCGGUCACUGAGGUUUUUCAGCCCCCCCCCUCCUUUUUGUUGUUGUUGUUCAAGCAAUUCUCCUGCUUCAGGCUCCCAAGCAUCUGGAACCACCGUACCUGGCUAAUUAUUAUUAUUAUUUUUUUGUAUUUUUAUUAGAGACAGAGUUUCACCAUAUUGGCCAGGCUGGUCUUGAACUCCUGACCUCAAGUGAUCUCCCCUCUUCGACCUCCCAAAGUGCUGGGAUUACAGGUGUGAGCCACCCAUCUGACCUCAACGCUCCCUUCGAGUUUGUGCCCAGUGUGAGUGCCUUGCUUUGCUGAGCCUGCUCGUGCCCUGGGAUUUGAGACCCGACAGGUGUGGGUAACAAUUGCAGUUUAGCUGCUCACUUGCCGGAGGACCUCAGGCUCCCUUCUCUGAGAUUCACUUAGGCCAUUUCUGGAAUCCCCAUUGUGCAGGACAGCUGGGUUGAUUGCAGUGAUGUUUACUCACCAAAUCCUGAGUGCUGGAGCAGACAGGGCCCCAUCUGUUACUCUCUUGGACUUCCAGCCUCCAGAACUGAGAGAGAGAAGAAAUCUCAGUCUCUGAAGCCCUCCGCUUUGUGGCCCGAGGUCACAGAGCCCCAGCAAACCAUCACAUUGGGUUAAGGGAAUGCAUCCCCAGAUCUCAUAGCUGCAGACUGGCCACUGCAGGACUAUCCAGUGGGACCCAGGGGUGCCUCUGCCCUAUUGGGGGACCCUCGGUGAGCCAGUGAAUUCAGAGCAUUUCUGAAGCUCCUUGACCAUGAGUAAGGAAGUUGAAUGGUACAGGAAAAGCAGGUGAGCAUGCACAUUAAACCAACAGCCAAGACCUGUCACCACCACUGGGCACCUGCCAGGCUCCCCGCCCAGUGCUCCCAAAAACAGAGGCCCCCCCUUCCCCUAUCCCCUAAAGGAGUGAUCUCACUGGUCAAGAUGAUGACAGCAUGGGGAAGUCUCUGGAAAGGGCCUUGCCCAGGGGAUGGCUCAGGUGGCCUCAAAUAACAUGACAAAGAACUUCUUUAUUACUUAUCAUUAUUAUUAUUUGAGACAGGGUCUUGCUCACUCUGUUGCCCGGGCUUGAGUGCAGUGGCAUGAUCUAGCUCACUGUAGCCUCAACCUCCUGGACUCAAGUGAUCCUCCUGCCUCAGCCUCCUGAACAGCUUGGACUUCAGGCGUGUACUGCCACACCUGGCUAAUUUUUAAAUUUUUAUUUAUUAUUAUUGUUAUUAUUUUUGAGAUGGAGUCUAUCUCUGUCACCCAGGCUAGAGUGUAGUGUUGCUAUCCUGGUUUAUUGCAACCUCUACCUCCCGGGUUCAAGCAAUUCUCCAGCCUCAGCCUCCUGAGUAACUGGAGAUUACAGGCACCUACCACCAUGCUCAACUAAUAUUUAUAUUUUUAGUAGAGAUGAUGUUUCACCAUGUUGGCCAGGCUGGUCUCGAACUCCUGACCUCAGGUGAUCCAUCCACCUCCCAAAGUGCUGGGAUUGCAGGCAUGAGCCACUGUGCCUGGCCACUACAUUUUUUUUAAUUUUUAGAGAUGGGGUCUUGCUAUCUUGUACAGGCUGGUCUGAGACUCCUGGGUUCAAGCAAUCUUUCCACCUCAGUUUCCCAAAUAGCUUAGACUUAAAGAUGUGCACUGCCAAACCAGGAUAAUUUUUUCAUUUUUAGGAGAGGUGGGGUCUUGCUGUCUUGCCCAGGCUGGUCUCAAACUCCUGGGCUCACAGGAUCCUCCCGCCUCAGCCUCCCAAAGUGCUGGGAUGACAGGCACAAAAGACCAUCUUUCAUUUUUGCAAUAUGCUGACAGGUUCAGAAGAGGUUUGAGCCAAAUUGGCCAUAGGCACCCAGGUGGCCUCUGGGAUACGUUUCUCCCAAGCCAGGUUUGCACUCAGUCAGCCUCAGCAUGCAGACACCAUCUCCUCGACACUAAACUUGACACUCUCGGUUCCAAUCAGGCAGUGGGGUCUGGGAGAGGGACCUGGUUCACGUGCCACGCUUGGGGGAGCGUCCUAACAUUCUCAGAAAUGACCACACCCAACACUCGCCCUGGGUGGCUUCUGUCUCCCUAUCUGCUUUCUGAGAAGUGGGCACCCUCCCACAUGCCCCCGGGUGUGGUGCCCAGGGUUCCCCGACACACAGACCCUUAGCCGCUCAACCCAGGCAUCCAGGGUCCUGGCGAGACAGCCUGGGAGACGCAGAGUGGGAACUGAUGACUGGGAGUGAGUAUUGUGAAUGUCUACACGCAGACUGACUUCAGGGGCGAGGAAUUAUGCCUGGCAAGCAUCUGGACUGCGGUGCUUCUGGGAGCUGGGACCUGAAGUCAGCAUUAGGUCUCCCGGGAAGUGGGCUUUGCUCCUACCUUCUGGUCAUGGCCCAACAAGCAGCCUCGCCAUCACCACAGAGGUGGCUGGAGAUGCCCUGUCCCAGGACCGUGGCAGGUGGGGAUCCCGUCCUGCGUGGGGCUUGCUGGCAGGUGAGAAAGACAGUGCACAGCCUGCAUUUAUUUAAUGACUCAUUUAAAAAUACCAUUUAAAGACUGGGUGUGGUGGCUCAUGCCUGUAAUCCCAGCACUUUGGGAGGCCGAGGUGGGUGGAUUACCUGAGGUCAGGAGUUCGAGACCAGCAUGGCCAAUAUGGUGCAACCCUGUCUCUACUAAAAAUACAAAAAUUAGCUGGGCAUGGUGGUACGUACCUGUAAUCCCAGCUACUUGGGAGACUGAGGCAGGAGAAUCCCUUGAAUCAGGGAGGUGGAAGUUGCAGUGAGCCAAGAUCAUGCCACUGCGUUCCAGCCUGUGUGACGUGUGACAGAGCGAGACUGUCUUAAAACAAAAAAUAAAAUAAAGUAAAAAAAUAAAGGCCAGGUGUGGUGGCUCAAGCCUGUAAUCCCAGCACUUUGGGAGGCGUAGGUGGGUAGAUCAUGAGCUCAGGAGUUCAAGACCAGCCUGGCCAAGAUGGUAAAACCUCGUCUCUACUAAAAAUACAAAAAUUAGCUGGUCGUGGUAGUGGGUACCUGUAACCCCAGCUACUCAGGAGGCUGAGGCAGAGAAUUGCUUGAACCGUGGAAGUGGAGGUUGCAUUGAGCUGAGAUGGCAUCACUGCACUCCAUCCUGGGCAACAGAGUAAGACUCCGUCAAAAAAAAAAAAAAAAACACUUAAAAUUCUCUGGAGUGAGGGGGCCCAGGGGUCCGGGCAGCUCCGGGCAGGCCCCCCACCUCCCCCCCUGGCCCCCACGGGAUGGACCAUGCUAAGCUCCACUGGCUUCUUCCGGGCCAUUGACUGCCCCUGUUGGUCUGGGGCGCCCGGGGGUCCCUGCUAGCAGCCCUACUGCCACUUCUGGCACUGCAGGACCCGGGUCCCCGGCACACCGGGUGAUGGCCGAGAGGAGCCCCCCGCAGCAGAGCUCGAUAGGAAUGCCUGGGCCUACAGCUGCUGGGCAUCGCCCCCUCAAGGCUGUUGCUUCCUGAACCUCCCUCGGCCUGGGGCUGGGUUACGACCCCUACAACCCCAAGCUGCCCAAGCCCCCUGGGCAGAGGGAGAAUGGCGCCCUUGGCCUGGGGGAGGAGGCACGGACUGACGUGCUGGUGCUGGAGCUGGUCAACACGGCCAUCUAGGCUGUGCGCAG